AUGGAGCUGUUCUGUAAGACCAACCAGAUGUGUGUCUGCAUACUCUGCACUUAUUCAGACCACAAGACACAUGAUGUUGUUCCUCUGAAAGAAGAAUAUGAAGGAAAGAAGGCCGAGCUGGAGAAGACUGAGACUGAAAUCCAGCAGAUGAUCCAGAAGAGACGACUGAAGAUUCAGGAGAUCAAACACUCAGUGGAGCUCAGUGAGGAAGAUGCAGACAGAGAGAUAGCAGAUGGUGUUCAGGUCUUCACCGCUCUGAAGGAGUCUGUUGAGAGAAGCCAGGCCGAGCUCAUCGACACGAUCAAAGAGAAGCAGAGAAAGACAGAGAAACAGGCUGAAGGCUUCAUCAAAGAGCUGGAACAGGAAAUCUGUGAGCUGAAGAAGAGAAGCACUGAGUUGGAGCAGCUCUCACGCUCUGAAGACCACCUCGACAUCCUCCAAAGCUUCAUUUCCCUGAACGCUGCUUUACCCACAAAGGACUGGACAGAAGUCAACGCUCAUCCACUCUAUGAGGGGACUGUGAGGAAAGCUUUGAACCAGCUGGAGGAGACGCUCAGUAAACAGAUGAAGAAGCUGUUUGAGGCCGAGCUGAAGAGAGUCCAGCAGUCUGCAGUGGAUGUGACACUUGAUCCUGAUACAGCUCAACCCACACUCAUCCUGUCUGAUGAUGGAAAACAAGUUAAACAUGGUGAUGUAAGGAAGAAUCUCCCAGACAAUCCAGAGAGAUUUGAUAAGUGUGUUAAUGUCUUAGCAAAGCAGAGUUUCUCUUCAGGAAGAUUUUACUACGAGGUUCAGGUUAAAGGGAAGACUGAGUGGACUUUAGGAGUGGCCAGAGAGUCGAUCAACAGGAAGGGAAUAAUCACACUGUCUCCUCAGGAUGGUUACUGGACGAUAUGUUUGAGGAAUGAGAAUGAGUACACAGCUCUUGCUGACCCAUCAGUCCGUCUCUCUCUGAAGUCUCAGCCUGAGAAGGUGGGGGUGUUGGUGGAUUAUGAGGAGGGUCUGGUCUCCUUUUAUGACGUUGAUGCUGCAGCUCUUAUCUACUCCUUUACUGGCUGCUGCUUCACUGAGAAACUCUACCCAUACUUUAGUCCAUGUCUUAAUGAUGGUGGUAAAAACUCUGCCCCUCUGAUCAUCUCUCCUGUCAAUCACACUGAGUAGAACAACCAGUGGAUUUUCAGCAGAAAGGUUCACUGCACUCAAUGUAAUGAAUGUACAUAUUUUUAGUGAUGUACGGUGUUUACAUCGUUAAUUUUUCAGCUUUUGAUCAA